AGCUGUCGACCGAGUCGAUAAGAGGCGGGCGACUGUAGGUGCAGAGUGUGCCAUGGCUGAGCCGGUGAGGAACCCGGCUAGGCCGUCCGGAAGAGGCUCUGUCGGCCGAGGGGCUCAGGGGUCCCGGGGCGCCCGGGGCCGGCGUCCUCGCGCCCAACGGUCUCCAGCCCGUUGCACCCCGGACUCGGUGCUUGUGGACUUGGUCAGCGACAGCGAUGAGGAUAUCCUGGAGGUCCCAACUGAGUGCGGAGCUGUGGGUCCUGUCGAGGUCCCGCUCUCGGGGCCCUCGGUAACGCCGCUGCUGGCCGCGCCCCAGGACGACAGCGACAGUGAGAGCGAAGGGGCGGGCGCACAGCCUGCUGGAGCCCCGCGGGCCCUCGUCAGGCGGCGGCGGCGGCUGCUGUUGGAUCCAGGGGAGGCGCCGGUUGUUCCUGUGUAUUCCGGGAAGGUGAAGAACAGCCUCCACCUUAUCCCGGAUCACCUGUCCCUCUUGAAACUCUGUCCCCCAGGAGCUGAGGAAGAGGUGGAUAUGGCCGAUUCUAGCAGUCCCCAGGCUGAAGAUCCCCCAUGCCCAGAUUCUCCCUGGAAGAAGAAGCUGAGGAGUAAGGAAGCAGAAGAAGAGAAGAAAGAGGUGUUUCUGGCUCAGGAUACUUCUCCUUUGCCCCCACCUCUGCGAAGGACCAAAAGCAGAAAACAUACCCGGGCACUGCAGAAGUUAAGGGAGGUGAACAAGCGCCUCCAAGAUCUCCGUUCUUGCCUGAGUCCCAAGCAGCACCAGGACCAGGACCACCUGAGACAAGAGGAUGAGGUGGUCUUGGUGGAGGGGCCUACCUUCCCACAGAGCUCCCGACUCUUCCAGCUCAAAAUCCGGUGCCGGGCUGACCUGGUCAGAUUGCCCGUCAGAAUGUCGGAGCCCCUACAGGGUGUGGUGGACCACAUGGCUGCCCAUCUUGGGGUGUCCCCAAGCAGGAUCCUCUUGCUCUUCGGAGAGACAGAGCUGUCCCCCACUGCCACCCCCAGGACUCUAAAGCUUGGAGUGGCUGACAUCAUUGACUGUGUGGUGCUAGCAAGUUCUCCAGAGGCUGAAAGGAUGUCCCAGCUGCUCCAGCUGCGGGUGCAAGGGAAGGAGAAGCACCAGAUGCUGCAAGUCUCCCUGUCUCCAACUUCUCCUCUCAAGACUCUCAUGUCCCGCUAUGAAGAGGCCAUGGGACUUUCAGGCCACAAGCUCUCCUUCUUCUUUGAUGGGAUGAAGCUUUCAGGCAAGGAGCAGCCAUCUGAUCUGGGCAUGGAAUCCGGGGACCUCAUUGAGGUCUGGGGAUGAAAUCCCAUCUCCGUUUGGAGACCACCCUGAACUUGAGGGAGAGAAUGGCUGUCUCUUUUGGCCCUAUAAGACCCCCUCUGCUGUUAACCCUGCUUUCAAGCCUUUAGUUAGUUGGUUAGUCAUAUGGUGGUUCUUGCUGCCCUGGGUAGACUGGCGCCAUCCACAUGGUGUGCUGAGUUUUGCAGCCCCCUGGGGCAUGGAGGGGUACCCCUGACCGCCAGCCUUUCACCUUCACCAUCACCCUUUCCUUCAUCAAAAUGUCUGUUUUAUGAAACUGAACUGCUCACAUUUAAAUAGUAGUUGAAAUAAACGAAGGUUGGUUCUGGGAUUUAUGCCAUGUCCAGGACCAGCAGUGGCCUUAGUGUCAUUUGGAGGCAGGGGGUGAAGUUUGCUUGAGGCACAUAAACAGGUGUGGUUUGUUUGUUUGCAGAAAAUAAAUGGUCAGGCUCACAUGCUUAAGCAUAGGCAGACAAUGGGUUGCUCUUUGGAAGAAAAUAGUGGAUUUUCAACCUUGGGUGUUUUUCUCUUCCCAAGACCUUCCUGAUACACACAUUAUUUAAGGCACAGCUGAACACUUUUGCUUUUAUUUUCAGGAUUACAGUCCACGCAAGGUUUCUCUCAUUUUACAGCUUUUCCCCCUUUCUUCACACCAUCAUGUCCCAUAAGCACCCAUUCUAAGGUGUUGAAUCCAUGUCUUUAACUAUGAAUGUGUCCUUGUAAAAUGCAGUGUUGUAUGUGUGAAUAUACUUUUUACGUAUGUGGUGUGGUCCUAUAGGUUUUGUGUUGUUUGCCUUUUCACUCAACAUUCUAUAUCUGCCUGGUUGCUUCAAGCUGUUCUGUUGUACUCCCCUGUGGGUGUCAACUGUAUUUUACUUACAUGUCCUUACUUCCACAUUACAAAUCCUGGGUACCUCCAAUUCCUCAGCACAUACACAAGGCCAUGAUGGGUGAAUGGACAUCACUUGUCCCCUUCCAUGCUUGUGUGGAAAGUUCUCCAGCAUAGAGAGCCAGGAUGGGAUUACAGGUCAGACAGCAAUUUCUUUAUGGUUCUAGCAAAUUUUUCUUUAGAAUAGUCAUUGACUCUCCCGCUUGAGGCUCUGCAUCUCUCCUCAUCCUCACCGGUAUUCUUACUGCCCAGCUUUCUAAUUUUUGCCAGUCUGAUGGUUAUCUAGUGGCUCAGUGUUUUCAUGUACAUUCAUCUGGCCACCAGUAAUUUGGGGAAUUUCUUCAUAUACUGAUCAGACUUUCUGGUUUCCCUUUCUGUGAACUACCCUGGGCAGUUGCAAAUAACUCAGAAUGGCACUUGGGUGUAGAUCUCGGGUGCUCUUCAGUUAACAGAAAUCCUUUAUUUUAAUGUAGAUGAAUGACUGUCAUAUUACUUGUUGCUUUUUGAUUUAUUUUAAAGUAGUUUAGAUGUUUUAAUUUUCUUCUCUUAGCUUACUCUUUUUUCCUUUCACGUUUAGACCACCAAGUAGGGCUGAAGUCCAGCCAGUACAUUGCCUGGCAUCUGUUCUGCAUGAUCAAACAUUUGUUCUCAUCGGUUAAUGCCAGGCUAUGCUGGCUGCUAAAUAUUGACUGUUACUUUUAAACUAUUUGAAUUCACCUUUUUAUAUGAGAACCAAGUUUUGUUUUCUCCAUAUGAUCCAGUUUUCUCAGUGCGGGCUACUACUAAAGCCAUUACUUUUCCACUGAUGUGUGGAAUAAUUUUGGCAAAAGUUGUCACCUUCUGAAAAAAAUUUUUUUUGUUGGAAUGUGGUGUUCCUUUGAAUUUAUAAUGUUGGAAAAAUAAAAAGAAACCUUUGUAAUAUUUCAAUAAUCCAUGGUAUGGUAUAGCGUUCAUUUUUUUCAGAACUUUUAUGUUCAUUUAUAAGUUUCAGCUCAUUCAAAUGAUGUAUUCAGUCUCCACAGAAUAAAUGGGAAUACGUUCAACUUGUGAA